UGACAGUCGCUUGUUCAUCUGUGGCAACCAGGGCCAGACUGUCUGUCAGGUCAGGAGGACAAGGGCAAGUGUGUGUGAGUGUGUGACGAGCAGCGAGUCAAAGAGGAGAAGUGGCAGUGAACGCACCAUCAACUUCUUUUACAGUACACUGAAGGGAUAAGACGCGAUUUUUGAGUUUAUUCGGGUGGAACAGAAAGUAAACGGCGCAAAGAUGAUGACGAUGACCCAGGUGGAGACCACGAUCCACUAUGACAAUGGCUACGAGGAUGAGUACAUGUUGCAGGAGGAUGAGUGGGACAGGGACAUGCUACUGGACCCAGCCUGGGAGCAGCAGCAGAGGAAAACCUUCACAGCCUGGUGUAACUCCCACCUGAGGAAAGCUGGCACUCAAAUUGAAAACAUCGAGGAAGACUUCAGGAACGGACUCAAACUCAUGCUGCUCCUGGAGGUCAUCUCAGGAGAGCGGUUAGCAAAGCCCGACAGAGGGAAGAUGAGGUUUCAUAAGAUUGCAAAUGUCAACAAAGCCUUGGACUUCAUCACAAGCAAAGGAGUGAAACUGGUUUCCAUUGGAGCUGAAGAGAUUGUGGAUGGUAAUGUGAAGAUGACUCUGGGGAUGAUCUGGACCAUCAUCCUCCGCUUUGCCAUUCAGGACAUUUCUGUAGAAGAAACAUCUGCCAAAGAAGGUCUGCUACUGUGGUGUCAGAGAAAGACUGCCCCCUACAGGAAUGUCAAUGUCCAGAACUUCCAUGUCAGCUGGAAGGACGGCCUGGCCUUCUGCGCCCUGAUUCAUAGACACAGACCCGACCUCCUCGACUACUCUAAGCUCAACAAGGAUGAUCCCAUGGGGAACCUGAACCUGGCUUUUGACAUAGCUGAGAAACACCUGGACAUUCCCAAAAUGCUGGACGCAGAAGAUAUCAUCAAUACCCCCAAGCCUGAUGAACGAGCCAUCAUGACCUACGUGUCCUGCUUUUACCAUGCUUUUGCUGGAGCAGAGCAGGCAGAGACAGCUGCCAACAGGAUCUGUAAGGUGCUGGGCGUCAACCAGGAGAAUGAGAAACUGAUGGAGGAGUACGAGCGGCUGGCCAGUGAGCUGCUGGAGUGGAUCCGCCGCACCACACCCUGGCUGGAGAACCGGACCCCGGAGAAGACCAUGGCGGAGAUGCAGCAGAAGCUGGAAGAUUUCAGGGACUACAGACGCCAGCACAAGCCUCCCAAGGUGCAGGAGAAGUGCCAGCUAGAAAUUAACUUCAACACCCUUCAGACCAAGCUGCGCAUCAGCAACCGCCCCGCGUUCAUGCCCUCGGAGGGCAAGAUGGUGUCCGACAUUGCCACUGCAUGGCAGGGCCUGGAGCAGGCGGAGAAAGGAUAUGAGGAGUGGCUUCUGACUGAGAUCCGCCGUCUGGAGAGACUGGAUCACCUGGCGGAGAAGUUUCGCCAAAAAGCCACAAAUCAUGAGAACUGGGCCGAUGGUAAGGAGCAGAUCCUCUCCCAGAAGGAUUACGAAACAACCACCUUGACAGAAAUCAGAGCGCUGCUCCGUAAACACGAGGCCUUCGAGAGCGACUUGGCAGCUCACCAGGACAGAGUGGAGCAGAUUGCCGCCAUCGCACAGGAGCUAAAUGAACUGGACUACCAUGAUGUAGCUGCUGUAAACCAGCGGUGCCAGAGCAUCUGUGACUUGUGGGAUAAACUGGGAACCCUGACUCAGAAGAGGAGAGAAGCUCUGGAGCGGACGGAGAAGUUGCUGGAGACUAUUGAUCAGCUGUUCCUGGAGUUUUCUAAGAGAUCUGCUCCGUUCAACAACUGGAUGGAAGGAGCCAUGGAGGAUCUGCAGGACAUGUUCAUCGUCCACACCAUUGAAGAAACUCAGAGUCUAAUCGCUGCCCAUGAACAGUUCAAAGCGACUCUACCUGAGGCUGAUGCUGAGAGACAGGCCAUCCUGGGAAUCCACAAUGAGGUGCUGAAAAUUUCACAGAGUUACGGGAUCAAGGCCAACAUUACCAACCCUUACAGCACCAUCACAACAGAGGAGCUGCUCAACAAAUGGGAAAAGGUGAAGAAGCUGGUGCCUCAGAGGGACGGUGCCCUUCAGGAGGAGAUGGCACGCCAGCAUGCCCACGAAAGACUGAGACGACAGUUUGCUGCCCAGGCUAAUCUAAUCGGGCCCUGGAUCCAGGCCAGGAUGGAGGAAAUUGGACGCUGCUCGUUGGAGAUCAGAGGAGCCCUGGAGGACCAGAUGACUCAGCUGAAGCAGUGCGAGCACGUCAUCGUGGCCUACAAGCCCAACAUCGACAAGUUGGAGGGAGAUCACCAGCUGAUCCAGGAGUCGCUAGUGUUUGACAACAAACACACCAACUACACCAUGGAGCACAUCCGUGUCGGGUGGGAGCUGCUCCUGACGACCAUCGCCCGAACCAUCAAUGAGAUCGAGACCCAGAUCCUGACCCGUGACGCCAAGGGCAUCAGUCAGCAACAGAUGAACGAGUUCCGAUCCUCUUUUAGCCACUUUGACCGGAAGAAGAAUGGAGCGAUGGAGACCGACGACUUCAGAGCGUGUCUCAUCUCCAUGGGAUACGACUUGGGCGAGGUGGAGUUCGCCCGUAUCAUGAUCCUGGUGGACCCCAACGGCACCGGCAUCGUGUCCUUCCAGUCCUUCAUCGACUUCAUGACCAGAGAGACGGCAGAUACCGACACCGCCGAGCAGGUGGUGGCGUCCUUCCGCAUCCUGGCAGCGGACAAGCCCUACAUCCUGGUGGAGGAGCUGAGGAGAGAACUUCCCCCAGAACAGGCAGAGUACUGCAUCAUGAGGAUGCCUCCGUACAAAGUCCACGGAGCACCGCCGGGAGCCCUGGACUACACCGCCUUCUCCACCGCCCUCUACGGAGAGAGCGACCUUUAACCCUUCACUGUCUGACGCCCAAACCCACUGACCCUCAUGGCUCCUUGUGUUAGUGAAUUCAUAGAGAAUCUAAACUCAAACAUGUUAGAUGUAAAGUGUUAGCCACAGUUUUAGCCACAGUGUUAGCGACACAUUACUCUGUGUAUAAUCACGUUGAGCGCUUCUUUGUGUCGUGAUGCUCCGGUCGUGAAAAUAUAAGCCCAGAGUAAAGGUUUCUGUCAGGUUUGAGUUUUGCCAUCGGAGAAUAAAGCAUUUUCUGACACCUGUGCAGCGGCAGAGAUUGUGCAGCAGUAGUUUGUCAGUCGAAGAAAAUUGGACAUAAAAAUCCACUCU